AUGAAUAUAAUGGUAAUGUAUUCUUAUUACUAUUUUUAGUGUUUCUAUAAUAAUGUCAUAUACAUUAAUAAAAGGACGCGUAAGUACAUUAUUAUUUUAAUCUAUAUUUAUUAUUUUAAUUAUUAAGUUCUAAAUGAAUAAAACUGAAUAAAUCAAUUCAAGAAAACCAUAAAUGGGCCAUACAUAAUCGUAGUAUAGAAGAAUUAUUUAAAUAAAUAAUAUAACUUCAUCAUUUGCUUGAAAUUAUUAGAAUUUUGGCGCCUUUCAUGAAAUAUAAUGCAGUAAUUAAUAAUGAGGUUAUAAGAUAGAUCGUUUAAUUUGGCAAUCCUGCUUGUCAUGCUUAUGUUAGUUUCUAUAGCAACCUAUUUGACAACAAAAUCAAAUUGGUAUUGGAAUCAAGUCUCGAUUUCAAUACAAUUAUACUUUCCGAUUGUUAUGAACUGUAUAAUCAAGCGUAAUCGAUUGUGAAAAAGAAAAUAGUGAAAUAUUUCGAUUUUUUACUUCAUAAAAAGUCUUUUAUAUAAAUUAAUAUAUUUUGUGAUUAGUAAUAUUUUUAUUAAUGAACAAUGUAUAUACAUAUACAUGUAAUCUUAUUGGUUUAAAAUAUUUUUAAAGACAAACUAUGAUCAAAAUGAUAAUCAAAAAAUACCUUAUAAUUAUUUUUAUGUAAAUUUUUAACCAUCUGCACUCAUAUAACAGAUAAAAAGAUGUCUUUAUAUUUUGAUACACGAGUGCAAAAUCCAGAAACUGCUUCAAUAAGUACUCAUGCAACAUGGCAUCCUAAUUAUCCGCUGUUAGCUGUAGCAGCAUAUUCCCAAGACAAGGGAGGAUUUGUAACAGUUUAUGACGAUCAAGGAGAGCCUUUACAAGAUGUGGAAUCUUCAAGACAUUCUGUAGCUCAGGUAACUGCUCUUGGUUGGCAUCCUGAUAGAAGAUGGCUAGCUGCAGGAUGGGAAAAUGGAGAGCUACGGAUUUGGCCAGGUGAUACAGGUAGCACUGAAUUUAAUGUGAUAAUAACACCUCAUCAUGAUCCUAUAACUAUUUUACAAUGGAGUCCACAUGGAAGUCGAUUGGUAUCAGCUGAUGCUGCUGGUUCUAUAAUAGCUUGGAAAAUUGAUUCUAGGGGUCAAUUGCUUAUGGUUUUUCAUCAUGAAUUAAAAGGAUCUUUCAUACAUAUUGCAUUUAUUCCAAUGAAACCAAGCAUGGAUUAUAAUGAUUUGGCAAAAGCUGCAGUAGCUGGAGAUGAAAGAGCAUUAGAUCUAUUCAGCUAUUGGCGUCCCAGAACUGCCGCACCAACAUCUAUUACAACUCGGAAAGAUAAUCAUGUUUUUUAUAUUGGAACUUCAAAUGGAGUUAUAUAUUUUAUUGAUGCUCAAGGGCAAUGCAUGGAAGUUCUCAAUACAGAUGGUGUUACACUACACUUUUUAUUGCAUCAUCAAAUAAGAGAUUCUAUCAUAAUUAUGACAGAAGGUUUAAAUAUUGGAUACUAUCAAACAGAUCCAAUUACUGGGCAAUUAACAGAAAUAACUAAGGUGAAACUUAGUGGUCGAAGUGAUAUACCUCGUACUGGUCCUGCUAUAUGUUGGGUUGGUGGUAAUACAUUAGCUGUUUUAACUGGAGAACUGGGAGUUCGUUGUUGGGAUCUUCAUACUGGAGACACAUAUGUUCUGUCACCUCCUGAAUCAUUGACUGGUAAUCUUGCCACACCUCAGGAAAUCUGUACAAGUUUAUCUUUUUGCAAAAAUAAUGAUACAUUAGCUGCUGGGACGAACUUAGGUACAAUUUAUUUAUGGAAAGGAAAAGUUGUAAAUGACUCUGAUGAAAAUCGUUGGCCUAGUAUUCCAGAGUCAUGUACAAUUCAUGGUACUGUCAAACAAUUGAUGUGGGGUGCAACCUUAUUAAGAAAUCCCCUUCUAGCGGUUAACUGUAUUACGAAUGUUUUUAUUUUGCAUCAACAAUCAAUGUGUGCUGCAUACAAUGACGGGGUGUGUGCAAGCCAACUUAGUCCAACACAAAUUUUACUGGAGGUAGACGGAAAAGUGCAUACACUCAAAACCGACAUUCAAGUACAGAUUAUUGCUGUGAAUAAAGAAUAUGCAGCUGUUUCAUCUAGUAGACAAGUCGUAGUUUAUAAGAUUAAUAAGGAUAAUAUGUUAAGUGCAAAUAUUAUAGGAAGUUUUGCUUGUGAUACUGAAAAGAUAUUGAUUUAUGAACAUACAUUGAUUAUCUUGACGCCAUUCGUUAUUCAAUUGCGCUCAACAGAAGGUACCGUUAUACAAACAUUACCUACAAUGCCGGAGGAAGGAGAACCAAUUACUAUGGACCUUACGGGUCGAUAUUUGACAGUCGCUUCAUUAAAUGGUAUCUUAAAAAUUUGGGAUUUAAGUAAAAGGGAAAUCGAACUACAUACUAGGGCUAUGGCAACAUACGAAGCUAUUAAUGACUUUGCUGAAAUUAUUGAAGCCAAAUGUAAUUCCGAUUGUCGAUGUGUGUCUAUUACUGUUGCUAUGACCAAUCUAAUGCCUAGUUCAAUUCUUUAUGUAUGGGACAUAGAAAGUGAUCAAAUGCAUGAAUUUGAUUUUGCCAGGUCAGAUGAUACGAUCGAUGAUGAAUCUGCACUAGCUAUGAAAUGUAGAGGUAGAUUGGUUACCGCUCAUUGCUGGGAUUUUGAAGACCCCAGGCUCUUAGUUUGUCGUGCACAAAAAUUGGAAACAAGAGAAUCUAAAACAUCAUCAAAGUCAACCAAAAUUGAUGACGAAGCCGCUGUAAUAUUUGUUUCAUUAUUUGCUACUUCUGAUUACGGAAUUGCUAUUCAAGACGUAAAAUCAAUAGAAGACGAGAACUGCAGAUUAUUGGGGGUACAAUCGCCCCAUAUAAUAAUUUUAAAUUCUGAACAAGUACUUGGAAAGGAUAGUAAAAUUAUGCGAUUACUUAUGAGAGACUUCGAAGAGCUUGAAGAUUGCGAUCCCGUUACUAAAAAAGCUGUUCUAGAUUUUAGUUUUCAUAUUAGUGUGGCUAAUAUGGAUGAAGCUUUUAAAGCUAUAAAAACUAUUAAAAACGAAGUUGUUUGGAAAAGUUUAGCAAGAAUGUGUGUAAAGACUAAACAAUUGAAUAUGGCUCUUCUAUGUUUGGGCCAUAUGAAACAAGCUAAGGCAGCAAAGGCAUUGAAACAAGCAAUGCAGGAUGACAGUUUAAAUUUAGAGACUAAAGUUGGUAUAUUAGCGGUCGAACUUGGAUUGUAUAGCGAUGCUGAACGUCUUUUUCGCGAAGCAAAAAGACUCGAUCUAUUGGGUAAACUUUUGGAAGCUCGUAAUAAAUUUAAAGAAGCCAUAGAAUUAGCAUCGAACGAAAACAAAAUAAGGGAAAAGACAAGUUAUUAUAAUUAUGCGAAGGUUCUUGAAUGGGAAGGAAAAGUUGUGGAGGCUAUCGAUAUGUAUACAAAAGCUGAUUGUCAUAGAUCUGAAGUGCCAAGAAUGUUACUUUCAAGACCGAGAGAACUUGCAGGUUAUCUAAAUAACUGCGACGACCCUCAGAUAAAAAAUUGGCAUGCUCAGUACAUAGAAUCGACUGGAGAUAUGGAAGGAGCUUUACGUUUAUAUGAGCAAGCUAAUGAUACGUUGUCCAUGACAAGAUUAUUGUGUUAUUUCAAUAGAGAAGAUGAAGUAUGCGAUCUUGUAUUAAGAACGAACCAUGCUGCAUCUGCAUAUCAUUUAGCUGCACAUUAUGAAUCUAAAAAUAAUGUAUCGCAAUCUAUCCAUUUUUAUACGAUAGCAAAGGCAUAUACAAACGCAAUUCGUUUAUGCAAGGAACAUCACAUGUCUGAAGAAUUGUGGCCUUUGGCAGUUUUAGCAUCCAGGCAAUCGCAAAUAGAAGUUGCGAAAUAUUACGAAGAAAAUGAACAAUUGGAUAGAGCUGUUCUGCUUUAUCAUAAAGCUGGUUUAUUACACAAAGCUUUGGAUAUAGCUUUUAGGACACAACAAUAUAGUGCUUUACAGCUUAUUACUAUGGACGUUAAUGCCGAUUCCGAUCCUGUCCUUAUCGAGAAGUGUGCAGAGUAUUUUGUACAAAACGAUCAAAUAGAUAAAGCUGUUGAUUUAUUUGCUAUUGGUAAAAAGUACAUGGAGGCAUUAGAAUUAAUGCAAAAGCAUAAUGUAACGUUAACCGAAGAUCUUGCAGAAAAGAUGACAACAGAAAAAGUAGAGAAUGAUGCAGAACACGAGAAGAGAAGGAUUAAUACAUUAGAAAAAAUUGGUGAAAUAGCAUUUGAUCAAGGAAAUUAUCAUUUAGCUACUAAAAAGUUCACACAAGCUGGAAACAAGUUAAGAGCCAUGAAAGCUUUACUUAAAUCUGGCGAUACGGAAAAGAUUUGUUUUUUUGCACAGGUUUCAAGACAAAGAGAAAUUUAUAUAAUGGCAGGGAAUUAUUUGCAAUCAUUGGAUUGGCAAAAUCAACCUGAGAUUCUGAAGAAUAUCAUUAAUUUUUAUUCGAAGGGCAAAGCAAUGGAUUUGUUAGCUAAUUUCUAUGUGGCCUGUGCUCAAGUGGAAAUCGACGAAUUUCAAAACUAUGAAAAAGCUUUAGAUGCAUUAAAUCAAGCAAGUAGAUGUCUUGCUAAAGUAAUGGCACCCAGAGAUCCUGAUCUUCAUAAAAGAGCUACCGACUUAGUCAAUAAUAGAAUGGCAGCGAUAAGACGUUACAUAGAUAUUAAAAGAUUAUUCGACAGAGGCGAAACGGAAACAGCGAUAUCGCAAGUUCAACAAUUACUUGACUCUCAAGGUUCCGAUUUAGAACAAUCUGUACGUCGUGGCGAUUUGUUUGCUACUAUUACUCAACAUUAUGCGAACAUGGGAGAUACAGAAAAAGCUCGAGCUAGUGUUGAAGAAUUAAAACGUUUGGUACCCGGCAUAAAUCUCAGUUAUUAUUAUAACGUUAAUUUGUUAGAAGCAUUGGGAUAUAAACCGUCGAUUCAAUAUCAGGAAAGUUCUGAUAAAGACGAUGAUAUUGAGGAACUUUUAGGCGAAUGAAAACGAAACAACCGGUUUGUUGUGUGGAGCAAUAAUGACCGAUCAUUGGGAGGAGGUUGGCUGGGAUAAAGAAGCUCUCAUUCAUGCCAAUGUUAGUCUCACAUGGUUGGAUGAUCAAGUGGCAAUGUUAGAGGCACCACCUGCUCACAGAAAUCAUCAUCGUGGUAGACGUGGCUCUUUCUUGGUACCCAUGCACGGUGGAAUCUGGACGAUGUGCGUCUCGUUAUCGG